CGGUGGUGAACGCGGCCGCGAGGGCUUCGGCUCCUGCUAUGCACCGGCAGAAUUUUCGACCCCCGACUUCUCCUUACCCCAGCCCGGGUGGAGGAGGUUGGGGUAGCGGGAGCAGCUGCCGGGGUACCCCGGGCGGGGGCGGACCGCGGCCGCCCUCCCCUCGGGACGGGUACGGGAGUCCGCACCACACGCCGCCGUACGGGCCCAGGUCUAGGCCCUACGGGAGCAACCACUCUCCGCGACACGGCGGCAGCUUCCCGGGGGGCCGGUUCGGGUCUCCGUCCCCUGGCGGCUACCCUGGCUCCUACUCCAGGUCCCCCGCGGGGUCCCAGCAGCAAUUCGGCUACUCCCCAGGGCAGCAGCAGACCCACCCCCAGGGUUCUCCAAGGACAUCUACACCAUUUGGAUCAGGGCGUGGUAGAGAAAAAAGAAUAUCUAAUGAGUUGGAAAGUUAUUUCAAGCCUUCAAUGCUUGAAGACCCUUGGGCUGGCCUAGAACCAGUAUCUGUAGUGGAUAUAAGCCAACAAUACAGCAAUACUCAAACAUUCACAGGCAAAAAAGGAAGAUACUUUUGUUAACAUUUCUGAAAUUCAACUGGAAGCUUCAUGUGUCAGGAACAUCUUGGACAAAACUUUUACUCGUGUAAUUAAGUUGAACCCAAAGAUGAUGACUUUGAUUGAAUAAUUAGUAGAGUCUUCUUGGUAUCUUUUCAUCAUAUCAAGUGUUGUUGAUAUUAGAGAAGAAGGUAGGAUAAUUUGCAGUAUUUAGCUCUCUGGAAGUGCCUACCAGAUUUUUAGAAGAUUUCCAGUUUCCACAUAACAUUCCUGGUUAUAUACUCGACAUUUGUCUUUUAAUGUUUUUCAAGUGUUUUAAAAUAAAACAUUUUGUCUUUCUAGCUA